GCUAGAAGGGUCAAAAACCGGUCUCCAACAGAAACGCUAUCAUCCCCGCUACUUUGGCGCACACUCCAUCGCCGUCCUCCCACACGCCAUAUUUGGCGUGUCUCUCUCCCCACGCCAUCCCCCAACCGCUGCUCCGCCCGUGUGCUCCCGCCACCACCCCGACCAGCUCGGGACCAGGACGGAGCCGCGCCGCCACAUCCGGCCUUUUCUUCCCUCUCCGUCUUCCCAGAUCCGGUCGGAGAGCAGGAGCAGGACAGAGAAGGGGCUUGGGGCCGCCCACACCUACUCCUCCAUUCCAUUUCCUCCCCCAAAUCCCCUUCCACUGCCGCCUCCGAGGAAGAUGAGGGAGAGGAGACGACGGGAUAGCGUCUGCGGCCCUGCGCUCCGCCCCCGCCGCCCUCGUCGCCUGUGGCCCUGGGCGCCGCCCCCUCCUGCGGCCUCCGGUGGCGCCGACGACUCCAUCCGCCUCUACGACCUCCCCACUGUCGUCGAACUCUGCCCGCUCCUGGACCCCUCCGCCGCGGCCUCCGCGCUCCACCUCUACGACGCCGACGGCUUCGCGCUCCUCGCCACGCUCCGCACGUUCCCGCGCCGAGAGGCCGCCGAGGGGCCCACCGUGCACCCGUCAGGCCGCGUCGCGCUCGCCAUGCUCAACCUCGUCACGGGACGACGCAGGAGUUAUGGAAAAACAAGUGAAGAACAAACUAUGAUGCAAGUUAAUUGAUGGUUCUCAAUUCAAGUUAA